AUGCGCCGCAGCGGCGGCGGGCGGCAGCGGUGCGCGUGCGCCGCUGGCCGCUGUGGGGCGGGGCUGGCGCCGGCACCGCCGGGCCAACAGCGGUGUGUGCGCCAGAUGGUCUAUCUCCUGAUCACACUAACAGAGCACAGCACAAAUGGUUCUGCUCCUGCCAACCUUUUAACACAGUCAGCAUCGUUCAAACCAGCUUUGAUGCGAGGGUCUGAUCUAAGGCCUGUUAAAUCUUCAGGAGCCUUUUUGGUUCAGACUCUGGGUGAGAAUAGGAAAAUUGUAACAUACAUGAAGCAAGGUAAAGUAUCUGGGCUUCAAGAACUUGUGAACCUGACAUAUGUUCUGAAAGAAACGGAUCAGAGAGAGAGGUUUCCACUGCACGAGGUUGCAGCUCGGCCAAUUCCACGAGUAUUUGAAGUCACUUUAGAGGACAAGAAAGCAUCUUAUGAAUCAAUGUGGGAAUACAAAACACGCAAGAAAACAGCAUUAACUUUGGCAGCAAAGACUGGCUUUGUGGAAAAUGUGCAAAUGAUCCUGGAAAAGGGUGUUUAUCCUAAUACCAUAAAUUAGAAGGAGAAACUCCACUUCUUAUUGGUAACUUCUAGAGGAUCGGAGAAAGCUUUUCUAAAGCUUAGAAAAGCCUGGAAAACUUAUAAGAUGUGCAAAAAACAUUGGUCAGCAGUGCAAGAAGCUGCAAAACAGAAAUGCAAAGAUGAUGUUGUUCUCACACUGAAGAAUGAUGGCAAUGUGAACAUUAAGGGAAAAUAUUGAGUGGCACCAUUAGGGGUUACAGCUGAAUGUGGUCACUGUGAUGUGCUAGAGUAUCUUAAUCAUAAGGGUGGAGAUAUCAAGGCCUUAGCAGAUGAUUGCACAUCAGUAUUGUUUCAAGCAGCUGAAGGACAUAGUCUGGACUGCAUAGCUCUGUUUUUGAAAUAUAGAGGAAGUGGCAAUGUGCCUGGUGAGGCAGGACUGCUUCCCAUACACAGAGUGGCUUGUGAGGGGUAUUACCUGGGCAGGAAGUAUCUCAUUGCAGCCAUAUCCCAAACUUUAGUCCAGGGAAGGAGCACUGUUCACUCUGCUGUGUAUGGCCAGAACUAGUGUCUAGAGCUUGUCAUUCAAAAUGGUUUGGAUGUCAACACUCUCUUGUCCAAACGUGUAACUUCAAAUGCUUAUGAUGACAGAAGGAAAACUGCACUUUAUUAUGCUAAUAAUGAGAUUCUUUACACCAAAAUAUUGCUCAAAGCAGGAGCAAAUCCAAAUGAGGAUCCUUUAAACUGUGUUCUCAUGGCAGUAAGAGCUGACAGCCAUGGAAUUGUAAAGCUACUCCUAUCUUACGGAGCAGAUGUCAACUUAAUUUUGUUGCUUAAUGAUACGCAUUUCCCUGGUGCACGGUAUGCUUUGAAUGGUGGCAUUAUGCUGAGGCUGUUGCUCAGUCAUGGAUAUAAUGUGGAGAUGUGUUUGGACUUCAUGUGUCAGGGUAUCUUUGGAAAUUAGUUUGUGUGGCCAGCUCCAGAGCACGAACCUGUUCCUGGUUGGACUACUUCUUCAGGAAAGGAUAAACUAUUCUGUGAAUUUAUUGCUGUUCCAUGAUUGAGACAUUUAGGACUGGAAGCCACUGGAAAAGUGGCUUGUGUUUUUAUAGAUGACACGGAUUAUGUUCGUCUAAGCACAAGAAUUCAGUUUUUCAUAGAAACACAGGAAGAAUGAAAGAGGUACCACUGGAAUUUGGCCCAGACUUCAUUCUGCAGGUGCAGCUGAAAGAGUGAACAGAACUCCUAUGACUGACUUGUCUGUGUGCACUUGACCCAUCAUGGGACUUAUACCAUGAAGGCAACAUGUGACACUGCAGGAGCAGUGCUCCUCACAGCUGCUGGCACGCCGACCUCCCCCCCUUGGCUGCCCUCCACUGCCUGCAAACACCUUGGUGGGAUAACAGCAAAAAAACAUGAAAGUGAGAGGAAG